UUUUUGACCUUGGUUAUCAUAUGGUUGCUGGUGAUAUAAAAGACUGUUGUUGUAAACUUAUCGAUUUUUUGUGGGCAAAAUGAUUUAUAAUAUUCUUUUGUUCUUAUUGCUGGUUUUUGUUCAUUUCGCAAAUUCCCGAACUCUCACCGACCUCAUCUGCAAGCUUAAUCCAUCUCGAUGUGACUCCUUCCGGUCCAAUCACAGAGCCAAAAUCUCAGAGCACACGGGCUCCGCCGCUCCUCUGGGAGCUCCAUCACUAGAGGAAUUCCAGAGGUGGAAUAAUUACGAGGAGACUGCACAGGGCACUGGAUUCUUAAAGCCUGAAACUGGAAACAAUCCGGUUCCAUAUGGUCCAGGUCUCGGUGAUAUUGGAAUCUUCACAGGCGUCGGCGUUCAGCACCCGUUCGGUGGAAUUGGCUUCGAGCGGGAUUUUGGGAUAUCCAUGGGUGGUAAUGGUCGAAUCGGUGGGAUACCCGUCGGAUGGGGUAAUGGAGGAAUCCGGAGUCAGGGAUCCGCGCCGUGGGCUAAUCCUUAACACUUCUUUUCGGUUUUUUUCUGAAAAAUAAAAAAAAAUCCUGAAAAUUUGUUU